CAAUUUAGAGAGAAAGUCUUAGAAGAGACAGCUAAUCUAAUCGAUAAUCAGUUGAUUAAAGUAAACAUUCCAGAAAAUGGGUAAAUUACUCAUGCGGAUUUAUUGGUAUUACAAAAGAAAGCUGUAGAAUAUCAUAAAGAAUAGAAGAAAUAAGAGAUAUUAUAAUAAUAAUUAGAUAAAUGUCCAUUCAAACCAUAAUUAAUGAGUAAUAGCAAUGGCAGUUGUUAAAAUAUAGAUGAAAGAAAAAGUUAGUCAAAGAAAUCAGAAAAAUAUUUGCAAUUGUAUUCUUUGGCUAAGCCUACUACAUAAAAAAGAGACAGAACAACUGAGGAAAUAGAAUAUGAAAGAUAAUAGGAAGAAUGCACUUUCUAACCUGGUCUAAUAAACAAAGGAAGUCAAUAAUAGAAAUAAGAGAGUCAUUUUGUAAAUAAAGAUGUAGAUAAGACAGUAUAAAGGAUGAGAUAAGCCAGACAAAGAAGAGAGGAAGUAUAAGGAAUGUUGGAGAGAGGAUAUAAGAGUAACAAACCAGUUUAAUAGUAAUAGCAAUCGAACUAAUAGACCAAGGUAAGUAGAAGCUAAUCUUAGAAUCAGUUGAAACAAACAACAUAAUCAUCAAGAUAGAAAAGUCUACAAUCUUAAGAAUCACAAUAAAUGAAUACUUAUUAAUCAUAGAAUUUUCAUAUGGAUGAAUCUUAGCCCAAAGAUGAAUAGAGCGUUGGUAGAUCUGGCAGUUAGUAAGAUGAAAGGAUACCUUUGUUAUUUGUUGAUGUAAAUCUGGGACCAAACAAAACUGAGAGAAUUGUUGUAUAUGAAGGUGAUUAAUCUUGUGAUCUGGCUGCUCGUUUUGCUCAAGAACACAAUUUGGAUGAGUUUAUGCAAGAGAAGUUAAAAGAAUUACUAGACUAUCAAAUAAGCGGAUUGCUUACUAAAAUUGAUGAAGAAGAGGGAGCAUUAAGUGAUAAUGAUUAAUGA